AUGACUCAAACGCACCAAAAGCCCCCGUCCACUUCCAGGCGGAUAUGGGGAUCCCUAAUCACCAACAUGGACUACUUACCCGGUCUCCUUACCCUCUACCACUCCCUCAACAACCCGCACCCCGACCCCAGUCUCACGGCCACCAACUCACCUACACCACCCAACCAAGGCACCCGCUACCCCUUCAUCGCAUUCUACACCUCCAGUUUCCCAGAUGAAGGCCUCGAAAUCCUCCAAUCGCGCGGGAUCCACUCAAAAUGGGUCCCAAACGUAAUCCCUUCCAGGACGCGCGAAUACACGCAAGACCCUCGAUUCGCCGAUACAUGGACGAAGCUGGUGGUCUUUUCGCUGGAGGAAUACGAGCGCGUGGUUCUGCUGGACGGAGAUAUCCUGGUAAGGCGGAACAUGGAUGAGUUGAUGGAUGUAGAGCUCGAUUCGAAGACGGAGCUGGAAGAUGGGACUGCGAAGCGGGUGUUUGCGGCGGCGCAUGCUUGUGCGUGUAACCCGAUGAAGAAGCCACAUUACCCGGCGCAUUGGAUCCCCAAGAACUGCGCAUACACCACGCAACAUCCAAACCCAAACUCAGCGCAAAGCAACGCCCCGCCAGCAAAUGUAGGCGUGGGCAUGCUAAACAGCGGCGUGUUGGUAGUAACACCCUCAGCCAAGGUCUACAGCGAGAUUACAGACGCGCUACAAGAGACGACGCGGAUUGAAAAAUACGAUUUUCCAGACCAGGAGCUGCUAUCAGAUGUGUUUGGUGGGCGGUGGGUUGCCCUUCCGUAUGUGUACAAUGCGCUGAAGACGCUGCGGUGGGAGGGUGUGCACGGGGCGAUUUGGCGGGAUGAGGAGGUCAAGGCCGUACAUUAUAUCUUUGCGAAGAAGCCGUGGCAUGAGGAGGAGGCAGAUGCCAAGGAGAAGAAGCUGGAUGAGCCGACUUUGUGGUGGUGGGAGGCUAAUUGGAGGAGGCAGAAGUUGGAGAGGGAUCACGGUGUUCAGGAUGGGUUUUCGGGGUGA